AUGGAGGAGCUCUCAGAAGCUCCUACUGAAUCCUUGGAACCUGAAAGCACUGCUGAGCAUCCAACGGCCAGCCAUUAUGAAGACCAGGAUGAAGUAAACUGGAGGAACCCGGCUGAAGGGGAGGCAAAUGAUCAGACUGAACACAGAAUAACUGCCAAGGCUGCCUACAGAAUGUCUGAUGAGGUUGAACCCAAAAUAUUUGGCCAAGCUGAUCACAAAGUACCUGAACAGAUUGGGAUCAGAACAUCUAGUCAGGCUGACCACAGAGCAUCCAACCUUCCUGACAUUGCUGACCAUAGAGCAUUUCAUCAGGCUGACAACAGGGCAUCUAGCCAAGCUGAUCAUGUAGCGUCAGAACAAACUGAUGGCAGAUGGUCUGUUCCUUCUAAGCAAAGACGUUCUGAAAAGACUGAUCAAGGAUUGUCUGUCCCAUCUGACCUAAGACUUUCUGAACAGAUUGGUAACAAAGUCUCUGACUCUGCGGAACAAAAACCCUCUGAACAGAUUCACCGCAGACCAUCUGUCUCAUCUGACCCAAGACCUUCUGAAGAGAUUGACCGCAGACUGUCUGUUUCAUCUGACCGAAGACCUUCUGAAGAGAUUGACCGCAGACUGUCUGAUCAGACUGAUCACAGAGCAUCUGUACAGACUCACCGCAAAGUGUAUGACCAAGCUAGUGGCCUAGAUAAACAUGAGGCUGAGAGUGAUGCUGACCACCUCACAGAUGACUAUGAUGACUAUGGUGAAUCUGACCAGAUUAAGAACAGAACAGAUGGCAGGGUUGAAGACACAGAAGACUACCUGCCUGACUAUGGAAUACCUGGCCUGUUUGACUACAAAACUUCUACCCAAUUUGACUCCCUCAAGGUAGACGAAAUGGCUGACUACAGAGUACAACCCUGCAAAUUUGAGGAUAGCCAAACAGACGUCAAAAAUUCAAAGGCUUUAGUUGAAGAAACUGAAACUGAAGGUGAAAGUGUGAACUUUAUCCCAGCCUACCAGCUAGCUGACGUGAGAUUCACCAGUUAUUACACAGCAAAACACCGAGCCUAUUCCCAAAGAUUACCCUCCAUCUCAUCCAAAUUGGACUAUCUGAUCAGUCCAGAAACAGCUCAAGCUAUAGAAACCAAAUUUGAUAGUAUUUCACAAUCUGAGCAAGAAAAGAUUUCUCACAUAAGCAACCAAACUUCUAAGAAGAAGUUCCCUCCUAUAGUAUAUGAAGAUCCUUAUCAGGUUUCACUCCAAUACAUGGAGAAACACAACAUUCUGCAGAUAUUCCAGAUCACUGAAAAUUUAGUCUAUGAAAAGCCAGAGGACCCCCUGCAUUUUAUGCUCUGCCAGGGGUUCCAAGAGUUGCUGCAGGUAGAAAAGCGCCUCAGGCCAGUGCGGAUUUCAGAUACCAGCCCGGCGAGAAGAGCAGGAGAGGGCUCUUCUGAGAUGACCAGGGACUGUACUGGCUACACCAUGGGCCCUCAUCAUGAUUCACCAUGCCACUGUGCUUCGGCCCCGGCAAAUCAUCACUACCUUAAAUCUGCCUUGCGGAGGCCUCAGUUCAUCACUCAGAAGUACACGGUCCCUUCUUUCCACACCUUAGAGAUCCCUUGA